AUGCCUUACCUCUACCGGGCCCCGGGGCCUCAGGAACCCCCUGCCCCCAAGGAUGCCCGCAUCACCCACUCCUCGGGCCAGAGCUUGGAGGAACUGAGGCAGACGUGUCUGCAGAAGGGCGUUCUGUUGGAGGAUGCAGACUUCCCAGCCAACAGCUCCUCUCUCUCCUACAGCGAGAGGCCCCAGCUCCCCUUCGUGUGGAAAAGGCGGGGGCGACUGCCUGGCCGUCCAGUGGGAACGUGGGGCGGGCGCUCUGCCAGCACCACCUUCUUGGCAAACACAGCUCUGCUUGGGGGCCGGGGAGUGGUGCCCGAGAGCAACCAGAGCCAGGAAAGUCAGGGGACGUCGGGGGUGCCGGAGAGGCGCCUCGUCCCCCCGGGAGCCCGGGGCAAGGAGGCUCCGAGGGGGAACCUGGGCCUGGGGUUGGGGCUGAACGGGAGCUACGAGGCUCUGAAGGGGGGCAGCGCCAUCGAGGCCAUAGAGGACUUCACCGCGGGCGUGGCAGAGACCUUCACAACCAAGGAGGCUCCCGGGAACUUCUCUGAGAUUCUAGACAAGGCCUUGAAGAGGGGCUGUCUGGUGGGCUGCUCCAUUGACAUCAGAAAUGCUGCAGAACCUGAAGCCCGGACACCUUUUGGUCUCAUUAGGGGUCAUGCCUACACAGUGACGGGCAUUGACCAGGUAAACUUCCGAGGCCAGAAUACAGAGCUCGUCAGAGUCCGGAACCCUUGGGGCCAAGUUGAGUGGACUGGGUUCUGGAGCGACAGUUCUUCUGAGUGGCGUUCCGUUGGCCCAGCCGAGCAAAAGCGCCUGUGCCGCACUGCUCUAGACGAUAGGGAGUUCUGCUGGAAGGCCCCGCCUGAAACGGACAUCAAAUUCGAGAAGCUAAGCCUGACUUCCUGUAAAAACAUCAUUUCUCUAAUGGACACCAGUGGCAAUGGGAAGCUAGGGUUUGGUGAAUUCAGAGUGUUCUGGGACAAGCUGAAGAAGUGGACGAACCUUUUCCUUCAGUUUGACGCUGACAAAUCUGGCACCGUGUCCCCCUACGAGCUGCGGACCGCCCUGAAAGCCACAGGCUUCCAGCUCAGCUCUCCCCUCUUGCAGCUGAUCGUUCUCAGGUGCGCAGACCAGGAGCGCCAGCUGGGCUUCGAUGACUUCCUCAACUGCCUGGUCCGGCUGGAGACUGCAAGCCGGAUGUUCCAGGCCCUCGGCACGAAGAACAAGGAGUUCAUUCAUCUCAACAUAAACGAGGUAUGACCCGGCCAGACUUCCCGCUCAGGGACCCAGCCAGGGCUAGGCACAGCCCACACUC